UCCUUUGAUGGUGGUAGGAACCAAAUUCAGCAAUUCAGAGAAAAGCGUUUCGGCAUGCAGCUGAACAAGUUUCAGAAUUCUAACCAAGGAGUUGAAAAAGACCAAUGUCGUAAAUGCAAGGGUUUCGGCCACUUUCAAAAAGAAUGUCCUAACUUUAAGAAGAAGAACAAGACGUUCAAGGCUACGUGGUCUGACUCCAGUGACGACGAGGAAGAAGAAUCUGAAAAUACUGAGAAUUUAAUUACUCAAAUAACUCUGCUAAAUGUCUUCUUAAUGAAUAUAACUAUUUUACGUCCUCUUAAGAACGUCUGUCUGUCUUCUAUACUUGCCUUGAAAUCCACGUCUAACUCUGACUGGUAUUUUGAUAGUGGAUGCUCUCGUCAUAUGACAGGUUUGAGGUCUAACUUAACAAAUAUUAUGCCUGGCCCUUCUAGUUCAGUAACUUUUGGUGAUGGGGCAAAGAAUAAGGUUCUUGGAGUAGGAUGCUUGGAUGUUCCUGGUUUGCCCAAACUUAAAAAUGUUCUUUUGGUUCAAAACUUGAAAGCCAAUCUUUUGAGUAUCAGUCAAUUAUGUGAUCAGGGUUUGUAUAUGAAUUUUACUAGGACUCUUUGUCAUGUGUCUGAUCAAGAAAACAAACAU